AUGCAUCAUCAAUUGGUUUCCAACGACGAAGCUAAAAAGCUGAAAACCAUCCGAUUUUCCAGUCUCAUUAAGUGGAUUGUCUCAUUUUAUAAUUGAAAGUGUCUCAAACAACUUCUGUUUUCCUCCAUCGACAUGGAUUCCGUCAACAGGAUGGCAACAACAGAAUGGAAGACAAUUUUUGUAACUGGAGGCGCUGGUUAUAUUGGUAGUCAUUGUAUUGUUGAACUUUUAGAAAGUGGAUACGAUGUAAUAUCAAUUGACAAUUUUACAAAUAGUGUAAAUGAAGAUGAUGGACAAUCAGCGGCUUUGAAACGAGUUGAAAAAAUAACUGGGAAAAAAGUUAAAUUUUACAAUUGUGAUCUUCUUGAUAAAGGAAGACUCCAAGAGGUUUUUAACAAGCACAAAAUCGAUUGCGUUAUUCAUUUUGCAGCUAUAAAAGCUGUUGGUGAAUCUAUGGAAAUUCCACUUCACUAUUAUCGAAAUAAUAUAAUUGGUGCUAUCAAUUUGCUAGAGGUCAUGAAAGCUGCUGGUUGUUUUCAGUUAGUUUUCAGUAGUUCUUGUACAGUUUAUGGAGAACCAAAGAGUCUUCCUAUAACAGAAGAUCAUCCUACUGGAAAUAUAACAAACGUUUACGGUCGAACAAAGUACUUUAUCGAAGAAAUGCUAAACGACAUAACAAGAGCCGAAAAGAGUUGGAAUAUAAUUUCUCUGAGAUAUUUUAAUCCAGUGGGUGCUCACCCAAGUGGUUUAAUAGGUGAAGAUCCUACGAAAAAGUAUACAAAUAUAAUGCCCUACAUAUCACAAGUUGCAUUGGGUCUUAAACCCGAACUUAUUAUUUUUGGAGGAGAUUAUCCAACUGAAGAUGGAACAGGAAUACGAGAUUAUAUUCAUGUUAUGGAUCUGGCAACGGGACAUGUUGCUGCAUUAUCAGCACUCUAUAAGAAACAUAUGAGAUUAAGGAUAUUUAAUUUAGGAACGGGUAAAGGAGUCUCAGUUCUUGAAUUAGUAAAAACAUUUGAAAAAGUAACAGGAACAUCGGUGCCUUAUGUAAUUAAAGACAGACGAGAGGGCGAUAUAACAUCAAUGUUUGCCGACACAACAUUAGCUGAAGAAGAACUUUGUUGGAAAGCAAAAUUCAGUGUCGAACAAAUGUGUCGAGAUUUUUGGAGGUGGCAAUCAAUGAAUCCACAUGGAUAUCGUUCGUGUAUAAAAAAUGGAAAUUCAGAAAAAUAGAUAAAAGUAAAAAAAAAAGAAAAAAACAAGUGUCAGUAAAAUAUACCAAAAUGUUCUUGUAGAUUUUUCCUUUUUGUCCUUUUACACGUUUUAUAAUCUAAUUUAUUGAAAAAAUGGAAAAAAAAAAAUAAAUUAUAAAUAAAAAUUUUACUCACGAUAUAAAUAAAGAAUUUUACGUCUUGAA